AUGACGGCCGUCCUGUUGCUUCUUUCUGUUCUUUUUGUCUUUACCUUAGCUGCACCACGAAAUGAUGGGUUACCAAUGUACGACUUCACCGGCGACAAAGAAGAUCCCUUCGCUGGCAAUGCAGCAGUUGAGCAGGAGGAUGCACAGGUUGAAGAAGGCGAGGCCUUUCUUCUGCCCGUGUCGAAGCAACUCGGCGAGGUUUCAGGACUGGCCGUGGACGGCAGGGGACGACUCGUCGCUUUCCAUAGAGCUGAACGUGAAUGGGAUGCUAACUCGUUCGAUGCCAAAGAAAAAUUCAAUCCGAAACUUGGUCCAAUUAAGAAUGCUACCAUCGCUGUCAUCGAUCUGACUAAUGGGAAGAUAACUGAAGAACAUGGAAAAGAUAUGUUCUAUAUGCCACAUGGAUUGACGAUUGACGAGAAGGGAAACUACUGGGUGACAGAUGUGGGAAGUCAUCAGGUCCACAAGUUGGAUCCUUCGUUCAAACCAAUCCUCUCUCUCGGAGAGAAACUUGUCCCUGGUGACGAUGCCAAUCAUUUCUGCAAACCCACAGAUGUGGCUGUCGCAAAGAACGGCUAUUUCUUCGUGGCUGAUGGAUACUGCAAUAGCCGUAUCAUGAAGUUCGAUCCUAGCGGAAAACUUGUGGACAGUUUUGGUGCUGCUGGAGACGAGUAUGGACCAUCUGAAUUCCUCAUUCCACAUUCACUGGCACUCAUAGAGGACAUGAAUCUCAUCUGUGUAGCCGAUAGGGAAAAUGAGCGAGUACAAUGCUUCUCGGCAGGAUUAGCUGAAGGACACAGGACAAUACCAGCUGGAAUCCCGAUUACAAGCGCAGAACAAAUUGGACGAGUUUUUGCGAUCAGAGAGAAAAAGCACUAUCUAGUUGGUGUUACUGGACGUGACGAAGAGGACCAAAUUCCACCACAACUUUUCGUCAUGGAUAUGGCUAGCGGAAAAGCCAAUACAUUCAUUAAGGGAAUCGAGAAUCCCCAUUCGCUUGCGAUCUCUGACGAAGGCACUGUUUUCAUCUCUCAAAUGCACCCGAAUCAAAUCAUCCAAAUCUUCCUUCCCGAUCAGGCAUGA